GUGCCCGCCUACUGGCAAAGAGAGCUUACCAGUUCUGUGUUGUGGCGCUAAGAGGUUGCUGAAGCAAGAAGAAGGCACAAAGUAACGAACGUUUGCCGGAGGACCAGCCUGUGAGUUUGGCCACUCAUUGCUGCGCGAACAGCACGAGAGGCGAGCAUCCCCUCUUGCCUCACAUGGACCGGGCCAACGUCUACCGCACGGUGAAGGCUGCAAGCGCGGCCCGAGCUGCCGAGUCCCGACGGCCCUCACGCCGCCCCGACUCGGUGCCGUUGCCCCAGCGCACCAACUGCCGCCGAGGUUUACGGCAGUACCGCCUCUCCAGUAGGCGGAACCGCUGAACCCGGGCCGGAGCCAUGGACCUGGAGGCCGGAGAGGGCGGCGGGCCCUGCUGCUCCCCGGGCGGCAACUGCGCCUCGCUCCUGGGUUCGGCCGGGAUGGCGGGCCGCUUCUUUGGUGGUGCUCCCGACGAUGAGCCACCCGGAAGGAGGUUCCCCGGCGCCGCAGCAGGAACAGCUGGCCAUCCUGCCAGCGGCACCGAAACAAAGCCCGAGGGGCAGCUCACUUUGGAGGAGAAGAAAUUCCUCCUGGCCGUCGAGAGGGGAGACCUGGCCACAGCUCGAAGGUACCUGCAGAGUGCCGAGGCCGGCCUGAGCACCAUGAACUGCAACUGUGCCGACCCUCUUGGCCGAUCGGCGCUGCUCAUGGCCAUCGACAACGAGAACCUGGAGAUGAUCGAACUUCUGCUGCUGCACAACGUGGACACCCGCGACGCGCUACUGCACGCCAUCAGCGAGGAGUACGUCGAGGCCGUCGAACUGCUUCUCGAACGAGAGGAAGCGACCCGAAAGCCUGGACAGCCGAACAGCUGGGAGGCCAUCGACCACGAGACGGCCGCCUUCACGCCGGACAUGACGCCGCUGAUCCUGGCGGCCCACCGGGACAACUACGAGAUCCUCAAGAUCCUGCUGGACCGCGGCUACAGCUUCCCCGCACCGCACGGCGUGCGCUGCAGCUGCGCCGACUGCGUGCGCGCCCGCUCCGAGGACUCGCUGCGCCACUCGCGCUCGCGCAUCGACUCGUACCGCGCCCUCGCCUCGCCCUCGCUCAUCGCCCUCUCCAGCAAGGACCCCAUCCUGACCGCCUUCGAGCUGAGCGGCGAGCUGCGCCGGCUGGCCUGCCUGGAACACGAGUUCAAGAGCGAGUACCUGGAACUCCGCCGCAAGUGCCAGGACUUCGCUACCGCGCUGCUGGACCACACGCGCACCUCGUACGAGCUCGAGGUGCUGCUCAACUACGACCCGACGGGUCCCGCCUUCGAGCACGGCGACCGCAUGCACCUCACCCGCCUUAAGAUGGCCAUCCGGUUCAAGCAGAAAAAGUUCUGCGCGCACCCGAACGUGCAGCAGCUGCUGGCGUCCAUCUGGUACGAGGGCCUGCCCGGGUUCCGGCGCAAGAACAUCAUCCUGCAGUCGCUGCAGAUCCUCAAGAUCGGCCUGCUCUUCCCCGUCUACUCGGUCGCCUACAUCGUGGCGCCACACUCCAACUUUGGCCGCACACUCCGAAAGCCCUUCAUCAAGUUCAUCUGCCAUUCGGCUUCAUACGUCACCUUCCUGUUUCUGCUGAUGCUGGCAUCGCAGCGCAUUGAGACCGUCGUGGUUGAGUGGUUUGGAACAGACGAGAUGAAACAGAAAGUGCGAAGUGACAUCACGACCAAAAGAGGAGCGAGUCCUAGCAUAGUAGAGUGGAUUAUUCUGGCCUGGGUAAUCGGUUUGAUAUGGAGUGAAAUGAAGCAGUUAUGGGAUCUAGGUCUCAUAGAAUACGUCGGUGACAUGUGGAACAUAAUAGAUUUUAUAACAAAUUCAUUGUACGUCGCCACAGUGGCACUGAGAGUCAUAGCCUAUUUACAGGUUCAAAAAGAGAUUGCUAUGAACACUGGGACCGCGUACCUUCCCCGAGAAAAAUGGGAUGCCUGGGACCCCAUCCUGAUCGCCGAAGGCCUUUUCGCCACAGCCAAUAUCUUCAGCUCCUUGAAACUGGUGUACAUCUUCUCGGUGAACCCUCACCUGGGACCCCUGCAGAUCUCCCUGGGCCGCAUGGUCAUCGACAUCGUCAAGUUCUUCUUCGUGUACACCCUGGUGCUGUUCGCGUUCGCGUGCGGCAUGAACCAGCUCCUCUGGUACUACGCGGACAGCGAGCGCCAGCUGUGCCACAGACUCAACCGCGACGGCGCGCCGGGUGCGCCCGCCGUCAAGAGCGACCACAGCGUCUGCUUCACCUGGAGGCGAUUCGCAAACCUCUUCGAGUCAUCGCAGACUCUGUUCUGGGCGAGCUUCGGUCUGAUCGACCUGGACAACUUCGAACUGUCGGGGAUCCAGAGCUACACUCGCUUCUGGGGACUGUUGAUGUUUGGCUCCUACUGCGUCAUCAACGUGGUCGUGCUCCUCAAUCUCCUCAUCGCCAUGAUGAACCACUCCUACCAGAUGAUAUCGGAGCACGCCGACGUGGAGUGGAAAUUCGCCCGGUGCAAGCUCUGGAUGAGCAAUUUCGAGGACGGCGGAACGGUCCCUCCGCCCUUCAACGUGAUCCCUACUCCGAAGACCGUCAGUUACUUCCUCCGAUGGUGCUACCGCAAGCUUUGCGGCAACUCCCGGUCGGCAAAGAAGGAACACCUCAAGACUAUCAGGAGAAAAGCCAGGCAAGCCAGCGAGCGAGACCUGAAGUACCAGACCAUCAUGCGUCAUCUGGUACGGCGCUACAUCACGAGCGAGCAGCGCAAGGCGGACAACCAGGGGGUGACGGAAGAUGACGUCAACGAAAUCAAGCAAGAGAUCUCGUCUUUUCGGUACGAGCUACUCGAGGUGCUCAAGGUUGGCGGCUUCAACACUUCUGGGGCCAGCGGACAGAGCCAAGGCAUUGGUGGCAAGAAAGGCCGCCAGCGAGAGCGCCGCCUCAUGAAGGGCUUCAACAUCGGCCUCAUCGAGGGCUCCGUGCCGAGCCCGCCCGAGAUCAACAUCGAGGAAGUGACGUCACGGAAGUCACCCGUCUCUCGGUUGGCCCGCCUGGCGCGCCUCGCCAGCAAGAACAAGGUGAAGCGCGGCCGCUGGGGCCACCUGGUGGAGGCCACGCGCAGCGCCCGCGCGGCCUUCUCGCGCAGCCGCAGCGAGGAGACCAUGAGCUCGAGCUCGUCCGGCUCGUCGGUGGGCCACAAGGGGCCCGACUCAGUGUGCAACUCGGAGACGUCGCUGUCCAUGCGGGGUCGCAUCUCGCGCAAGUUCGGCACGCUCACCUUCAGCCGGUCGCGGCUGGCCUUCUUCUCCGAGCAUGACUCGCUGCGGCACUCGUCCUCGGAGAAGCGCCGCGCGCACCGCACCGUCAGUGCACCGCCCUCGUCGGUGCUCCCAAGGGCUGCGAUGCAGGCCGAGCGCCAGGGUGCAGCCGAUGCCGCCGCGGGCGGCGGUUCGUGCAACGUGCUGGCGGCGGACUGCAAGCUGUCGCCCAUCCCGAGCUGCGCCAGUUCGAAAGUGCCCACCCCGAGGAACUCUAUAAACGGCACCCUCGAACCGGACGCGUGCGCGGGCGGCGCCGGAGGUUCUCGCGACUACGUGACCGCUGCCGCGUUGGCCAUGGCGGCGACAGCCGACGACCUGCCGCCGUCCCCGCCGCCCCCGACCGAACCCUGCCACCUGCCCACGGUGGUGGUGCAGCCGUCGUCGGAGCACGAGGACGCGCUCAAGGACUCGGACGAGUCGCCUGCCAACGGGUCCAUACCGCUUCUCACCAGAGUGUACGGGAUCGAACCCGUCGGCAAGCCGGCCAACAUGGGCUGGAUAUGACCGAGCGUCUCGGGGUCGUCGGCGGCGCACAGGCGUCGACGGCCCUUCUUUAUGCGCACAAUGAGCCUGGAGUGACGAUGGUCGGGCGGGGAAAAGAUAUGCAGGAGACAGUGGUGGUUUCGUUAGGCGUGCGACGCCAGGGGGCUUCAUGCUCACGAUGAGAGCUUUGUUUCGUUCUCGCGACAGUUCGACGCGCUGUCUGCCAGGAAAGAUAUAAGAUCUUCCUGAAAAUAAGUCACUGUAUGAAUUUGACGAGUCUCGCAAGCUUUUCAAGUAGAGAAAUCUAUUUUGUCUUGCUUUUUAUCAUAUCUUUCUAAAUGAAAGUACUCCCCUUUAAAGUAAUUAACGUAACUACAUACAAAAUUACAUACAAAAUUACAUUAACGUGCACUUACAGUAGAGUUUAAGAAUGUUUAUAUUGACCGAAUGGAUGCCAAAGGAAUUGAAACGCAAUCGAGCACAGUAGAGGAUUAAGCGCAUGGUGCGGUGAUAUAAGUAAAUUUGCAGGCUUAGAUUGGAGGCGGUUUAAACAAGCCUUCGUCCUGGCAUAUAGUUUGUGCACAAUGGCUGGUCUACUUCAUGAAUGACUGGCAAGUAUUUGUCAAACUUGUCGUAAUUUCUGGAAAUUAUCCCAAAAAUUUGGCGGCUGAAUGCUAUCCCUCAACGUAUUCGCAUUAGCACAGCUGAAACUGGUGACUUCGUCACAACGGCUGCUACCACAAAUUCCACAUGCAUCAUCAGGAAACAAAGCUGCAAGAAACGGCUGUGCGGUACUCAGGCUUAUGUAUGAAAAUGUGCAUCCAGAGUUUUUAAGAUCGUGAAUUUCCCACAGUUAACUCUCUAUCUUAGAAAAAAAGGGGAGGUGGUAGGGGAGGUUGCUGUCGUCCUUUUUAUUUCCUUUUUAUCUCCUGGCAUUUCUGAAAUCCCGCGACCAUCUAGUGAAGAGCACUGGAAACUGGGGCUAUUUGAGCCCUAGUCGAGGGAUUUAAUUUGUGCCUACACGCCCGUUAACGUGACUGCUGCUUGGGCAAAAAAAAUUAAAAACAAAAAAAUAAACAUGGUAGUGCGACGCGACAACCAGAAGCCGCCAUCUCUCCUGCCUACAGAACCGCCUGAUGGCAACUGUCAACGGUCUACAAGGUCGACACUCCUGCUUGGUCAUUCUCUGCACGUCAACAUGUGCUCUACUUCUAGCCUGCUGACAUCUCGACAGGCCGCAUAGUAUAGCUGUGUAUAUAUGCGCUGGUGGGGACAAACCGACGAAGCGAAAAAGACUAUGUGCCAAACCACACUGAUGAGCUUUGAGCCACGCCAGCCAAGAAGCAAGAAAAAAAAAAGAAUGACUAUCGGCCUCUCGACACUUUCCUUUUUUGACAUGUGCUGUGUUCGCGAUUGGACUUGACCACUUGCAUCCCCAGCGAUUUCUGCCACUCUGUUGGCUGUGUUUUCCUGUUUGUCUGUGAACGGGGCUACCGUUGGAGUCUCUCUUUUCUCGUUCGUAGCGGGACCGAUGAAGUUUUGAAGCUGAAAGCAACAUGUGCUUCAGUUUGCGUUUAUGCAUCGUGUAUGUUUGUUGCUCUUUUGGGAAAUGUUUUCUGGCGUAGAUAGUAGUCGUAAGCAUAAAACAUAAGGCGAUUUGUACAGCUUUCUCUGUUCUAGCUUCGUCUGCUCCUUUUUUAUACGUAUAUUUGCGUCGCGAUUGGUCACAAUGAGGGAGUGUUUAUCACUUCUAAACUGCGAAUAUGUCAGUACCUAAAAGCACUUGCUAGAGUCCCAUCACAGAUUGCGGCAUAAUAUCAGAUGGUGAUACCCUCUUUCCGUGCAUCGUUCCAGAAAUAUCGAUAACUACGUACACUCUUAAACAAAAUUACACCCUUUGGGUGGUAUUUUUCCACACAACAAUAAUGGUCAUCUGUCUUGUCCACAUUUCCUUCUUUAACGCUGCGAGCCCAGUACUUCCAAGUCACAAACGGCAUGCGCAUUAUCAGCAUGACAAAGCAUUCUCGACAGGAAGGUAGCUAUCUAGCGAAGCGUUAUCAAGAAAGGAAGCGCAAGCAAGACAGAUGACGAUUAUCGUUGUUUGGCAAGAUACGACCCAAAGGGUGUACAUUUGUUUAAGAGUGUACUUCUCCACCAAUGUGGCUGACAGAAGUAUAGACGAUACAACUACCGUUUUGCUGUUCCUAACCAUUUUUUCUUGGCAUUUCAAGAAAUCUACAGAGUGGCAUCCGGUUUGCAGUACAACGUUGACACCAGAGCAUUAUGUGUCAUACGAUAUGAACUGUAUUUGUGCAUAAACGAACAAAACGUACGUAACUCUACAUCUUUCUGGCAAUUGGAAAGCACUGUAUCUAAGGCUACAGUAUUAGACGAACAACACCUGCAAAAGUUGUGUAUUUUAUUCAAGAUGUUCUAUUUCAACUACUAAGAAAGUCCAUUGACGACAAAUUUAUUGAAACACAACAUAAUUCUUAUGACGACUUUUGUGAGCAUAGGCAGACACUAUAACGCGUGUAAUCACAGAAGUCUGGUAGUAGCACUCUCUCGUGAAAAAAGAAACUAAUCAGGAACGAAUUCUGGCGUGCUUCUCGAUUGUCUAACGCUAGCGUAGGCCGCAAUGAUACAUACUAAUUUUUUUUAUGUACGCUUCUUACCUCAGGUUCAAUUCACUACUUCCUUCUUACUUCCUUGUCUGACGCGCGAGAGAGAAUUCUAAUAUAUAUGAUCCAAGACCAUAUUAGGGAGCCCACUGAGAGAUCAUACUGAUAUCAACGCUCUGCCUCUUACAAUGAAAGGUGUUUACAACUGAAAAUAAAUAACGGAAAGUUAUUUUCCCUCGGAAAACAGCCACUACUGCGUUCUCAGCAAUCAUGUUAUUCAGCGUUUUCAUUCUAAAAUAUAUGCUGGGUACAUGCUUCCGACGCCAGCGUCUGGCCACGGUGCUAAUGUAGCCGCGUAUGUUGCAGUCUUUCUCUGGAGCACUUGAUCACAAACCCCCUUCCCCGCGCAAGCUUGUCGCUCACGUUGAGGACCCGCAUUUUUCAGACAACGUGAGGGCAAUAUUGUAUGGCGCGAGCCGGUUAAGAAGAAGGAUAAGCAACCAAGCUACUGCGCAUUCGUUAUGUAUGUAAAGUCUGAUUAUAUUUGUCGGGCGUAACGGAAAGUAGGAGAGGCAUGCCUCUUUAAAUUAUUCUCUUAUCGGUUUCCACGUUCAUUCUAUGGCUUGCCCAAAUGGGGUUUUAUCUUCCUGGGUCCUGUUCAACGAGUACUGCAUGGUGCACUUGCUUAUUUAUUUAUUUAUUUAUUUAUUUAUUAUUCAUUUGUUUGUUUGUUUGUUUGUUUGUUUGUUUGUUUGUUUGUUUGUUUUCAUUCAUUCAUUCAUUCAUUGGAGGGGGAGUCAUGUUCUCAGAUAUUCUCUUAAAUUGACGUGCUACGAUAGCGAAUUACAGAUCCCACUGAAUACUAAAGCAUUGGAGUUUCGGCACACUAUACCAGAUGUUCUUCUUUAACAGUGAAUCGGCGUUUAUUGUUCUUGACGAAAAUGCUUACUGCAACUUUUUGCCUCCCAAAGCCUUGCACGCGGCGAUGUUUCCGAUUGUCUUCGUGUGCGUGAUGAUACCCACAAGAUAUUUCUCGAGUUUACUGCACCACAUGCUGGUCUUAAAGCAAUGUAUUCGAGUAAGCUUAUGUAUUUUCAUAUGCUGUAGGGCCGUCUACAAGAGAUUGUUUUGAAACAAUGUAUUUGUGUUCGUUUAUCAUUUUCCAAAAGGCUGUAUCAGCUACAAGGAUGCCCUGAAGCAUUUUUUUUACGUGAGCAACACUAGUUGUAUAUACAACACGCCGAAUAUUUACUAUGUGAUCCGAGUACCGUAUCGAACACUCACUAUUCGAAUCGUGUACUCACUAUUCGAUUCGAAAAGCGAGACGAUGGGACAAUAUCCGAUUCGUUAUAUUAAUGUUACCAUUAUUCGCACACGUCUAGAAAUUAAUAGGUUUCGCAGCACAUCUGCAAAAAUGUUGCUGUUAUUGUGGCUAUUGUGUUUUACAUGCCAUUGUUCGACGCCGAUAAUUGCCUUAUCGGCAAGAAAAAAGAACUUGUAGUCAGCAAUUUGUAUAACGCGAACAAUAUUUUUUUUUUUCAAUCUCGAUAAGGCUUCAAGACAUAUCCCGCAUUCAAAAAAGCCCGCCACAUGCGUAGUUCGUUGUAUUCACACUCACACUUUGGCGCAGAAUGCUGGACUGAUCACAUUAUCCUUGCUGAGCGAUGAGCCGCGACCAGCGCGUUAUUUAGCUCACUGCCCUCGCAAAGUAAACGAAGUCGCGAUCAACAGAUGCGAACCGCUGCCCGAAGGCCAGCAUCCCCGCCCGGGUGCGACCGAUGAAUUAUAUAUCAGACAUGCCCGAGCUUCUGUACAACUGCAGUCGUAGGACAAAUUCCCUUCCUCACAGACACAUGAGGCACGAAUCGCACUGAAAGGACUCGGGCGCUUGAGUUCCUUCAGGAGAAGCGUGGACAGUUUGACGUAGUCAAAACAUAGCGCCGUUUCAUCCAGCUUUGUACAGAGCUUCACGACACCAUUUCUAUCCAGCUUCGUAGACCGCAGUUGAUAAACUCGGCGAGUUAGCAAUCGAUAGUAGUAGUAACUGUCAGGUGGCUUGAAAAAGCAGGGGAUGCGUGAGUGGAAGCUCCAAUUUUGUGCGUCCGGCAUGUAGCUUUAACGCUUGAACAAAUAAGCGAGCAAAUAAUUAACCUCCCAAGCGAGCUCCGAGGGUCAGUGAACGCUUGAGGUUAUACAGUAGUUAAGAGCGUAUAACAAAUUAGGACGAUGCGAUUCUGCAGUGUAUAAGUAUGCUAGAAAGUCGAGCUUCGCCUAACACGAGCUUAGUUCGGGACUAUAUUUUUUUCUAUAGGUGCGAUGACUUACGACUGCAAAAUAAGCACUCAUAUUUAAGACCGAACUAUUUGAACAUAUAGCGACUGAAUCUUCAGCAUAGUGAACUUAGGUUACUGAACACUCAAGUAACGCACUUGACUAAAUGUUUCCUGAAGAUCUCCACUCUUUUGUCACACUCCCUCGUAAAAAGCAAAAUACGCAACGGCUGCACAGACUUACCAAAGCGCAAGAGAGAUAACUUAGCUAUAAUCUUUUUUGGGAGUUCAUAUUUGAAACUUUUCCUAGCGCCGAUAAAAUGAAGUGCCACAGCUUUCUUUGCCCGUUUGCCACUUGUUUGUUGACGACUGCUAACCCAUAACUAGGCUUCAGAUCCUAUGCACUUAAUUCCAUACGAUCCUUGCGCGCUUAAGCGCGUUUCACUGGCACAAAGUUACUAGUAGUGUAGCGUCAUUGCUGGUGCAACGUACUUCCCAGUAACAUGCAGCCCUCACGCCCCCGUGCGGCGGUGUUGGGCGGAGGGUAUACAUACAGUGCUUACUCGUAGUUGGGAAAUCUGCCCAUCGAUAGCUCGCCAGUUGAAACUGCGCAAAUAGAUCCAGACAUACGGCGCUCUUCUCUUAGAACAGGUAUUUUUAUCGAUCACGUACAUACUCGUUUCCGCAAGGUAAAGAUCACGCGGUUUAACGCGUCGCCUCCUUGCAACUUAAUGACCACGAGCGACGUGAUGCCUUUUCUUAGGUAGUGGCUUAAGCGACGACCAAGGUUCUCCGAGAGCACUCAAACAGUUCGUCAUUAACAUGGAUCAAGAACUUGUUCGGGAAGGCGGUGUGCCAGGGCAGGCCGGAGGACUGCCGUGUCUUAUUGUAGCUUCUUUGUACGCUUCGAGCAGCAGCGAUAUAGCUUGCCACCGUUCAUGAAACUGUUUCUCGUCCAUUCCAUCAGUACCUUCCCUUUUCCAUUCGCCUAAGUAUGCAGAGUGAGAAAAGAGGUACUACUUUUUUUGUUCUGUUCUGCGCCAGACUUUCCUUCUAUGCAAGCAAAAGAAAAAAGAAACGGAUUAUGGUAUCUCGCGGUAUUAGCGUAGCCUUUAGGCAACCGCAGAUUAUUUUCUCACGCCGCUGUUCCUAUAGGCCCAUUCGGCUUUCUUCGUUUAUUUUUCACGUCAUCUUGUCCUCAUCAUUUCCUUUUCUUUCUGUGGUUACUGGAUCAGCGGAGUACUUGUCCAGCCCCCACCCUCCAACGCACCCUCACGUGCUCGUACGUGUUCUGCAUCUGACAUAGUACAACGGUGUCACGUGGCCAUUGGGCAUCGUAGACGAGCUCCGUCUGUCGGGGACGUGCUGUCGCGUUUCGGGGCAAGUAGGUUCCUCGCACAGGCGAUCACAAGCGCCCCAAGGAGCUCCCCUUCGGCUGUCUGAAACAGCGAACCAGUUAAUGCGAUGAGGUCUACGUAGCUCGUUCGAAUAGCAUUUUUGCACACCCUAUAGUGCUGUAAACGCGCGAGUUUGCGAAACGGUGACUAAAAAUUGCUUCGCAGGCACUCCGGACGCUUCUCAAAUUAUUGGGGCGGAAAGUGACCGAAAGUCGGGCUCGAAGCUAAGACGCGAGAUCCUGCAGUCCUGAAAUACUUGUUUUUGCUUGUUUGUUUAUUUGCUUGCUUGUUUUGUCUUUUCGGGCAGUCCGGAGUUAUUACAAAUACCAGUGGCGCGAAUGGUUAAAAGCGCGGAAGGAGUACUGUCUAAAAUUUAAAUACGUAAACACAAGGUCUCGACGUGCGCUCCAAGCCGUUUCUCUUCGUAUUGCCGCGCCAUUUCACUCACCGAUCCGUUAAUUUGCACGUAUUACUGUUCUUUUGAAAAUGUAGGGAGCUUAUCUUCAAUGCAUGCGUUUACUGCAAGAAUAUCGGCCAGAUCUAUUCACUGCAACGAUAGAGACUGCAUCUGAAUGCCCGAUUCUAGAACUGAAACGGCCUACCGGAGGACUUGUGGGGCGUGCUUUAGAGAAGGCAAAGUUCAAGCUACGGGUACUUUCAAUUCAGUCCUGUUUUGGUGAUGAUGAUCAAAGACGUAAAAACCUGCUGCAGUUGUCACUAUCCGGCCCACACCUGGGAGCGACCCUCACAAAAACACCCCUGUAGUUCUUAUUGUUUUCCUUCGAUGCCACGCUUGUUGGAGAAGCAUAAUAACCCGAAAUGUUAUUGUUAAUGCGUUAUUAUCAAAAGAGACUAUCACUAUCACACUCCGUUAUAGUAUUGCGUGCGCAUUUAUUAAGUAGUCAUCUAUAUGCACAGUCGCCGGCAGCUUUGAGAAAGUUUAAGAAGCGCAAGCUUUCGCUUUUUCUUUUUUUUCCCUUUUUUGGUCUUGGAGCGCAAGUAAGUGAAAGUACCAGAUUAGCUAAACCCCGUCGAUGCAGGCUUUGUGGCUAGUGUGAUCAAUUAACUUUGCACGUUGCCUAUUUGUUGGCAGCUGCCAGAAAAAGUUUGGAGGCAUGGAGGCCCCAUUCCGCUUUGCUUCGACAGAGACUAACACAAAAAAAAAUCAAGAUAGCGGAAGUUUGAAUGAUUCGCGCCAAAUUAUUCGCGCCACGCCCUUCUGCGGCUGACGGAUGGGCCCUUGAGCGAGAUGGAUUGGCUCAAAAAGUUUGUCAGUUAUCACACCAAAUACUAGUCUGCGGUUUUGGCUUAUAUUUCUUAUGUGCCGUUUUCUUAGCCGUAAGCUCGGGCUGCGAGGCACAAGUUGGUUGGGGCGAAACAUUAUUUUGUUGUGACUUUUGUCGUUGCUUACCUGAUGGGAAAACUUGGACGCCGCGAUCACUGUGUCAAGGUGUGGAGUCCCAUAGCUUCUCUUACAGUUUGUCUGUGUUGCUUCCACACCAUGUACAGAAUUUUCGACUA